AUGGCCUCAUCGCGGCUUCGUAACCGCCUUUCACGAUUCCAAAAUCGCAAAGCCCGAUGGCCUCAUCCAGAACAAUCAGCUGGAGAUUUGCUGGGUGAAAAAGGAGAAAAUUGCAAAUUCAAUUACUGGGGGGCGAUAGGUCCAGUCAAGGAGGUCUUCGAGGAAAUGAGACCACUUAUCAAGGAGCUUCUCCAAAAUGAGUGUGAAGAAGUGAGAAGCUUGAGCGCUAUUCAGUUCGAAAUGUUCAUGGUUGGAGAUACACCAGAGACUGCAACCCCAUUUAUAAUGUUUUCUUGUUGGCGCGCUAAACCUCGGAAGGAUGCCGUGGCUGCUAUGAAAAAAUCGGAUGUGUACAAUGACAGUCCACCUGGAAUCAUGCUUGGCCAAUGGCAAUUUCCUCCCCAUCUAAUCAACUGCCAAUUUGAAUUCAGAGCAUGUGCGGCACCGAACGAAAGUUUUAACCCAGAUUGGGCGAACAAAUCCGCUCCUUCACACCGCGAGGAAGAUUGCAUCUCGAUACCUGACCUCAAUGAGCCGGGCAUCUGUCAUGUAUUGCAGUUGUCUCUAUCGAAUACAUCCACCGAACCUGCAUAUCAUCGCACGGCAACCAUUGGUAGCAUUGUGACCAUCUCCGACAGGCGCUUUUGGAUAUACCCCGCACACGUGGGUUAUCUUCAUGAAAACAAUUCUCUGGGGAUGGGACCCGAACCGGAUUCAACACCGGAGGAUCGCGAAUGCGUGUUUGAGUUCUUCGAUGAAGAAGAAGAUGAGCAACAAGAUCCUAUAGAUGCAGAUUUCAUGAGCGCCUUUAGUGCAACCCCGGAACAAAGUGAUCUAGAAAGUGAUCCCGACAGCGACGACAGCGAAUGGCUGUCAGAUAUCGAGUCUGGCUCUAUACCUUCUAUCAUGCCGAUGGAAGGGAACGACUAUAGCAUCGCUAGCUCUAGUGAUGAAGCUUACUGCGCUUGGGGCCACAGCAAGAUUUCUUCAUCGCUUCAUUCAGCCCCCCAAGAGACAAAUUACUAUUUUUUGAAAUCAGAUAGUUUGGAUUACUGUUUGAUGGAGGUUAACGACGUUGGGCAUGAUUUGCCAGAUCUCCCCAUUCUCUGUCAAGAAAAUAUCGGCCAACUGGGCUCCCAAUCGGCUGAUGUGACAGCAGCCACAAGCUCGGGGAACAUUCUUAAAGGUGUCCUGUCCCCUCAAUUGUCAUGCAUUCGACUUCCAAAUGCCGCAAGAUACACCGAUAUCUUAUCAGUCAAAUUUGACAGCCCGGUUCAGCCUGGUGACUCCGGAUCAAUGGUUCGAGAUGCUAGAACCGGAAUGAUCUACGGUCAAAUAAUUGCAGGCGAUGCAGGAUCCAAAAUUGCGAUCAUCAUUCCGGCCGCAGAUAUCCUGAACGAUGCUAUGACAAAGUUCAUGCAGAUUGGAGAAACGGCGGUGAAAUCCGAACUUGCCACUUCCACACAUGAAAGAGAGCCAAAGAAAAACCACAGCGAAAAUGAAGAGUCUUUUGGUCGAGACAACUGGAAAUUGCGAUCUUACAGCGAGCACUCAGAGACAGGCGACACCACAAUCCAUCUUCGCAAAGUCCCUUGUUUCUCUCUUCCAAGACCGCGUGAAAUUCCACCUCACUCCGAGGUUUCAGUGUUUGAAAAUUGCACCCUGCCUUUUCGCAAGGCUGGUAAACACUCUUUUCUAGGGUUCUGUAAAGACUCGCCCAAAGAGUACAAUGUUGCGUGGAUUUGCGCACUAUCUUGCGAAAAUCUCGCGGCUGAAGCCCUGUUGAACGAACCAAAGGAUACUACCAGAAAACCGUGGACAGUAAACCGUUCCUCGCCGAGGGAAGCGGAAUCUGUCAAGCAGUCCGACAGUGAAAGAAGGUGGAAGAGGCCUUUCUUAAGUCGAGAAUCUACUCAUGGCUACUUACCAGGCCCCUACGAGGAAUCAUUUGCAUGUUACUUGGGAAGCAUGGGACCUUACCCAAUUAACAUACAAUGCCAAGUACCACAUCAAACGUACCAAAGCGUCAGAUGUUCAAAUGUCAAGGAUAAAUGGUUGCUGGACGGGUCGCAAUUUCAAACAUGGAAAUCUGAAACAAAGGGCUCAUUGUGGUUGCCUGCAAAGCCUGGCUGUGGCAAACAGCUACUGUCACAGAUAUUGCUUGACAGUAGCCUUCCCGAUAAUGGAUUGUUUCAAUCCUUUGGUAUCUGCCAAGAGAAUGAUAUGAAACACAGCGUGCUCACAGCAAAUUGGCGGGCUCUGACUUGGCACCCACCUGCUGCUAGAAAGGACCUUUACUGUCAGCAUACCAUCAGAACGGUGCAGAGGUUUAGCGGGCAACCGAAGCUUGUCUUUGACUUCUUAUUAAAUUUGGACAGACACCCGGGAGCCGCUCACUCAUCGGUCAAGUGGUUUUGCAUAGUUGACGGUCUUGAUGAAUGCGAAGAGCCAAAGCGUGAUCGACCGACAAAAGGGCUCUCCCUCCCGUGCUCUCCAAUAAUUCCAAUGCCCGCAUCAACCUUGCAAGGAAUUCAGUACUUGAAGAGGAUUUAUGCCCAAAACAGUUGGCCAGCACAGUUGUACUCCGAAAUUCAAACAGCUGCAAGUCACGAAAGGCAGGCACCGCUUUCUUGCGCUGCCCGGAACGGCCACAACACCACUGUCCAGAUGCUCCUGGACACAGGCAAGGUGGAUAUCAAGACCAAAUUUCCGAACGGCCAGACCCCGUUGUCAUGUGCUAUCCAGAACGCCCACAACACCAUUAUCCAGAUGCUCCUCGACACAGGCAAGGUGGAUAUCAAGACCAAAUUUCCGAACGGCCAGACCCCGUUGUCAUGUGCUAUCCAGAACGCCCACAACACCAUUAUCCAGAUGCUCCUCGACACAGGCAAGGUGGAUAUCAAGACCAAAUUUCCGAACGGCCAGACCCCGUUGUCAUGUGCUAUCCAGAACGCCCACAACACCAUUAUCCAGAUGCUCCUCGACACAGGCAAGGUGGAUAUCAAGACCAAAUUUCCGAACGGCCAGACACCGUUGUCAUGUGCUAUCCAGAACGCCCACAACACCAUUAUCCAGAUGCUCCUCGACACAGGAAAAGUGGAUGUCGAUGCCAAAGAUAAAGAUUGGCCAAACACCGCUAUCAUAGACUGCCGAGAACGGCCACAGCAUCAUUGUUCAGAUGCUCCUCAACAUAGGCAGGGUGGAUGUCGAUGUUAUCGAUGA